GGGGCAGUAAUCACAGUAAUCACCUCUGGUGCCCGGGGCUCUCUUCUCCAUGGCUUUGAGGAGGGGACUUCCUGUAAGGACUCCAUCUUGUUUGUGUGAGGCUGACAAAGUCAUUUGGGGCCUGCUCUCUUUGUCCUCAGCAGCUUUCCUUGAUCUUCUCUAAACCUCCAGCUCCAGAUCCCACAGGUUCUCUUCAUAAGCAGCCUGUGAGGACAUUGGUGACAGGUCACUGCCUUCAGGCCACACCAUGGGUCAUAAUAACACAGGUAACUCCUUACAAAGAAGAGCAAGAUGCUCGGGUAUUUACCGACGGAGGCAUAACAAUUGGUCUGGGCAUGUCCGUUCUGGCAUUGAUUCUUCAUCCCACCAGCAGCAAGAUGGAGAUCCAGCAACAAAUGACAGUCGCAUGAGCACCCGAGGAAGAUAUGCUCCCUAUGCCAUUCCAUCCUGUCAUUGGAGAGGCAGUUUUCAGAUACAAGACCAAACGCAAGCUAACAUGGAGGGAGAGCAAAAGCGUCCAGAGACAAGAAUGGAGGGGGAGAGGCAGGAUGAGACCUCCAGGAGCUGGUUCAAGAUCACAAUUCCAUUUGGCAUCAGAUAUGAUGAGAAGUGGCUGCUGAAUCUGAUUCAGAAGCAAUGCAGUGUCCCCUUCACCCCAGUGGAAUUUCACUAUGAGAAAAUGCAGGCCCAGUUCUUUGUUGAGAAUGCCGGCAUUGCCUUCGCAUUGAAGAGUGUCAACGGCAAGAUCUGGAAUGAGAAUAAUGAAAUGAUAUCUAUCUUUGUCCACCCCUCUGAUGCACCCCAGUCUGUGCAGAAGGAGCUGAAGCCAGAAAAUGUGGAUCAGAUAAAGCUUUUGCCCUCGACCCUGAGCGACAAGAAACCCUACCAGAUGGAUGGUCUAUCCAACACUAUGCAGAAUGCCUCCAGCAUCAAGGCCUUGAACCUCUCCAACAGUGAGUCUGCAGGGGAGUUGGACAAGGGCAAAAGACUGCAGCGAGAAGACAUGAGUGCAAACAGAAGCCCCCUGUGCACCACCUUUCCCGAUAAAUCAACCAACAUAAGCUCCAUCCUGGAACUGUUUUCCAAGUUAUUAUGCCUGGAUGGCCAGGAGUCACCUUCACCAACCAGCAUUGGUAUUGCAGACCACAAGAGGUUACCAACCUGCAAGGGAAGCUUCUUUGGAUCUGAUGCACUGAAGAGUCUGGUCCUGCAAUUCCUGCAGCAGUACUACUUGAUCUAUGACUCUGGAGACCGUCAGGGUCUCCUCGGUGCUUACCACGAUGAGGCCUGCUUCUCCUGGACCAUUCCCUUCAACCCCAAGGAGCCAGCCCCAAGCAGCUUGUGCGAGUACCUCAAGGAAAGCAGGAACAUGAAGAAGGUCCAGGACCCCUACCUGCGUGUUCAGCUUCUGAAGCAUACAAAACAUGACAUUGUGCACUCCCUCUGUGUGCUGCCCAAAACUCAGCAUGACCUCAGCUCCUUUGUGGUGGACAUAUGGUUCCAGAUGGACUUGAUGCUCUGCUUCUCUGUCAACGGAGUGUUCAAGGAAGUGGAAGGAAUGUCUCAGGAUUCUGUUCCUGCCUUCACCCGGACCUUCAUUGCUAACCCUGUCAACAAUUACAGGUGACUUCAUGACAGCCCCUGGGACUACACUGGUUCUUGCUCUGCCUAAGGCCAAGCACAUGAUCCCAGAGGAGGUGCUCAUACAGACUGAUCCAGGAUCUUGAUAAUACAACCCUGACAAGAAACUCUUGGGUGUCAUCAUCUUCAUCUUCAUCAGCUUUGUUGUGUUCCUCCUUCUGUCUGAGUAUAUCCCUGUGACUGAGCGGGAAGUUUACAUGCAGCAGGAAGCCAAGUUUUAACUGACACUACUCCAUGCAAAAGAUCAGUUCUGCAUAUUUGUCUCACUCAGAAUCCCUGAUUCUUUUGAUAAUAAAUGACAUUACAUGUUAUGUCAAAUCCUUGAAAAAUCCAUGUGAGGAAGGUAUUAUGACCACUGUUCUACUAGGGAGGAAAAGGAAAGUCAGAGAGAGUCUGCAGCUCUUGGGACAUAGUGGGAUGGGGUCUCAAAUUAUACACCUCCCAAAUUCCAGGCUGUGUGUUUCCCAGGGCCAUGUCUCUUCCAUGGUGAGGGACUCUGUAACUCUGGCAAACCUUGUAAUGGUGUUUUGUGCCCCUAGUAUAUUAAUCACAUAUUUUUAGGCAGAGAAUAGUGUUACAUUCUUAGUUAAACAAAUCUAUUCAAAAUGUAAAGCAAUGUAUUUGGGGAAAGACAGCAUUAAUGAGCAUAAGAUAACCUGAAAAGAAAAAAAAAUGCCCUCAUGUAUGACUGACUUUGACAUAUAAAGAAAUCAGUAGAGAGAAGGUAAACUGAUAUUAAAAUUGUUAUUAAAUGCAAUAGGAAUAUCUAAGAAAUCAAUGAAAAGCUUUGGAAGCAUAAUAAUCUACAAAACUACAACUGAAAACAUUGUGAUAAGUUAACAAAUGAGUAAAGAAAAAUAAUGGGUGUAUUUUCAGAGAAGAGAGAGAGAGAGUGCGCCCACAUGCAUUGCAGGUGUCUCUAUAUUAAUGUGUUAGUUUCCUAGAACUGCCAUAACAUUACAAUGAAGUGGAUGGUUUAAAACAGCAAAAAUCGAUUGUCUCACCAUUCUGCAUGCCAGAAGUCAAAACUAAGGUGCCAGAAGGCCAUAUUUCUUUUGAAGGCUCUUGGGGAAAAUCCUUUCUUGACUCUUCCAGCUUUUCAUUGCUCUUGUUUUGUUGUUGCUGUUGUUGUUGUUUGUUUUGUUUUGUUUUGUUUGCAUUUUUGUUUUUUGUUUGUGGCAACAUAACUCAUAUGUCUGCUUCCAUCUUCACAAGACCAUAUCUCACCUAAAUAUCAAUUCAAAAGCCCCAAAUCUCAUCUAAAUCAGAUAUGGGUGAGACUCUGGUUAUAAUCCAUGUGUAGGGAAAAUUUCUUUCCAUCUGUGGACCUGUAAAACCAGAAAGCACGUUAUCUACUUCUAAAAUAAAAUGGUGCUAAAGGCAUCAGUUAUACAUUAUCAUUCUGAAAAAGAGAACAUGAAAGGAUUAAAAAGUUACUAGUCCCAAGAAAGUUUGAAAUCCAGCAAAGUAAAUUUUGUUAGGUUUCAAUACACAGGGAUAAUCUUUUGUGGCUUGGAGAUCUGUUCUCUGAGCCCAUAGGAAUUGCCCUGUUCUCUCUGGCCCUGCCUCUGCAUCCAUGUCUUUGCCCUCAUAGUCAUUCUUUCUUUUUCUUGAAGAAUGACACAUGUUAUCAGCCAAGUAACUCUGCCAUCUUGUUUCCUGUCUUUAGAAUCACAGAAGUCUGUAGGCUUCCUUCAUUUUGUCCCUCCUUUGUUGUGUCCAAGUCAAGCUGGCAAUGUUUUGGGUAGUGUAACACUCUUUUUAAAAACCUUA